UUUGCAAAUUCCCGGUUCAUAUGAUUUUUCUUAGAAUCACAUACGGUCACACCUCCACCAACGCCGACAGAAAAUGGCGUCCGCCUGAAAAUUGUUAUUUCUCUUGGAAAAUCCACACUAAUUUGACCAGCGAAUUGCGCAAAGAUGGCCCUGCCCAGCAACUACAAGCAGAUAGCCGUUGGCGGCCAGGGAUCGGCCACACCACUCCAGGGCGGCGGCGGUGGCUCCGGCGGCGGCAGCCGGUCGCGUUCAUCCGGCGGCGGAGGUGGUGGCGAUCGCAACAAGGAUCAGACGCCCAUCUUCACGCACAGCAACUAUGGGAAUCCGGCAUUCACGCCACAGAAGGUGACCAAGUCGUCGAGCAGCAAGAACCAGAACGAAUCACGGCUACCCAAGCCACCAAAGCCGCCGGAGAAGCCCAUUUUGCCCUACAUGCGGUACUCGAAACGCGUCUGGGAUAGCGUCAAGGCGAAGCAUCCGGAGCUGAAGCUGUGGGAGCUGGGCAAGAAGAUCGGUGCCAUGUGGAAGCUGCUGCCCGAGGAUGAGAAGACGGAGUUCAUUGACGAGUACGAGGCGGAGAAGCUGGAGUACGAGAAAUCGCUGAAGGCCUACCACCAGACGCCCGCCUAUCAGGCCUACAUGUCGGCCAAGAGCAAGGUGAAGACCGACGUGGACAUGCACGAGACACCGUCACGCGGUGGCGGCAGUAAGUCGCAGCACGAGCGACGCAUCGACAUUCAGCCGGCGGAGGACGAGGAUGACCAGGACGAAGGGUAUACGACCAAGCACUUGGCCUACGCCCGCUACCUGCACAACCAUCGGCUGAUUAACGAGAUCUUCUCGGAGGCCGUUGUACCAGAUGUGCGCUCAGUGGUGACCACCACGCGGAUGCAGGUGCUCAAGCGGCAGGUCAGCUCGUUGACGAUGCACCAGACCAAACUUGAGGCGGAACUGCAGCAGAUGGAGGAGAAGUUCGAGGCCAAGAAGCAGCGCAUGGUGGAGUCCAGCGAGGCCUUCCAGGAGGAGCUGAAGCGCCACUGCAAGCCGGCCGUCGACGAGGACACGUUCCAGAAGAUGGUGCAUCGCAUGUACGAGGACAUCAAGCGCGAUCGCCAGCGAUUGGAUGAGCCGAAUGCGAAUGCGAAUAGCGCAGCGAAUCCUGCUGCCGCUGCCGCUACUGCUGCCGCCGCCCCAGUGACAAGGAGCGAGGAGGCAGUCAAGCCGCCAACGCAGCCGGGUCAGCCCGCUGCUACGCCCGCUAGCCAAGAGCCGGCGGCGGCGGUACCAGCGCCAGCAGCCCCGCCCAAGGAGACACCGCCGGCUGUGAAGCCCGCUACACUCAAUACCACACCGAGUUCGACGCCCACGCCGGCGCCAGCGGUGCACGUGCACGAAACUGCCAGCAAAACGGAUCCCGAGCCCAUGGACAUUGAGCCACCACCGAAGCCAUCGGUGCCGCCGCCACCCAUCAAGCCAGAGAAGCUGGAGAUGGCCGCUGCCCUGCCUCCGCAGUCAACGCUAGUCGAGCCACCAAAAACGGAACCCGCCAAAGUGGUGGCCCAGCCCGGCAAGGUGCCCACUCCGGUGCCGACACCCACACCGCCGCCUGAGGUGGCUCCAGCGGCCGGAGCAACUGCGGCAGCGACCACAACGACGACGACACCAACGCCGCCGCCGGUGCCACAGCAGGUGCCACUGCCGCAGCAACAGGGCGGCCCAGCACCACCGCCCGGCAUGCCGCAGAUGCAUCCACAUCCCGGCCAUCCGCCACCCGGACAUUCCUUGAUGCCACCGCACAUGGGGCCGCAUCAGCCGCCGCCGGGAAUGCCUGGUCUGCCGCCGCCACCUCCGCACACGGGUUAUGCCAACUACGGCGGACCACCACAUGGCCCGCCGCCUGGACCACCCGGUGGACCAGCACGACCCUAUUACCAGCCCCAGUACGGCGGACAUCCCACGCCACAGCCCUACUACGCACCGUUCUCGCCGUAUCAGCAGUCCUAUGGCCCGCCACCCGGCUCGCACUACAUGUCCCCGCGUCCGCCGCCGCCGCAGCACAAUGGCAAUCCCGGGCAUCCGUAUGCGCCGGAGCAUGGAAGCAAUCCACCGCCACCACAGCAGCAGCAGCAGCAGCAACAACAACCGCCACCAGGUCACCUGCACGAACCGAACGCUGGCGGACCCGGACCCGGAGCCCCAGGCGGUGGAGCUGGAGCGGCGGCAGCAGCUGCGCCCGGAGCCGGAGUGUAUCCCACGCCCGGGGCAGGAGCGGGACCAGGAGCACCACCGGCAGCUGGAGGAGCACCGCUGGGCGAGGCCGCCGUAGCUGGGGGUGUAGCUCCGCCACCGGCAACGGCACCUGGCAAGCAUCCAGAAGCGGAGAAGCACGAGGCGGACUAAGGACAAGGAAUCCCACCACCCAGAUCCUAGUUGUAGUCCCUAACUUAUACAAGCAUCGAUCCCUGUGUUGUAACAUAGCUGUCCCCUCCCGGAACUUCGCCCCUGUUCGCUGUGCACCGGAAGGAAAUCAACCGGAAUGCUCUUAACUUGAAAUCCCUAUUUAGGCGCCGCCCCUAAGAACUCCACAUCAAUCCCAUUCUCAAUUUAGUUUAACUCACUUUUUUUUCGCGAAGCCUAAUUUUAAUAUUUUAAUAACUGAGUGUGCGUCGCAUUCUGGACUGUAUGCUAAAUAUGCAAAUAAAUUAAAUGUACGUUUAUAUGUAAA